AACUUGAUUGAAAAAUAAUUUUUAUUCUAGUAAUUUUGAUAUCUAUUCAGCUUWUUCAAUGUGAUUGUUUAGUUUCGGUCUUUGUAUAUUGUCAUAUCAUUUUGUCUUGCAAUCUCUCAGUACGAGUACGCAAUAGCAAGGAUGCAAUAGCAACGAUUCCACGAAUAGAAAAUAGUGUAUCACUUUAUCACUAUGCGAGUGAGGUGAGGUGAGGUGAGGUGAGGUGAGUUUCUUUUCUUGGAUUCACGUAGCCGCAAAUGAGUGGUUUGUGAUCCAGAUUCGAGUUGGUAAAAAUCAAAAGCUCGACGACGAACUUAUCUAGCAGGUCCAUGAUAGAUUAGAUUAGAAGCAAGUCCAGCUUGCCACUUCAAGUAGCAUCACAMCGUUGAAAUAUACCAGAUUUGAGAUUUGGUUGCUUUAUGACUCCUCAAUCAAUGCGAUCAGACUUCGUUGGCGUUCUCACUCUUGGACAAUCGUAAGUUCUUUAGUCGGGUCGUAAUACCACAGAGUUUCGAUUUGGCCUUGAUCGAAGUAGUCGAAAAGUCUUCCGUUGGUGCUUCUGCCGUGCUCGAUUUCGUCGUGAGUAUGGUCGGGGCAGAGAAUCGCGAAGUAAUUUUCGGUAACGCGUUGGAAGAUUCAGARUGGCCGCUAUCGACAUCGCUGAAACGSUUCUUUUGGAAUCGUCGCCCCAUGCUGGCUGUUAGAGAGGGCACGGACUUGCCAACUCYUGUGAGGCUGGUGGAUAGAGAGCGCCUGCGAGUCUUGGCGUUGGAAUUGCAACCGCUGUCGGUUAAUUCGUAGACCGUCGUCGCCGUGACACCACCCCGUUCUAGGUAGAGGAGAAUCGUGUGCUCGGCCCAUUCGUAGUGCAUAGGAGUUAAGUCGUCAUCAUUAUCCACCAAAGGGAUGUGUAGGCAAUCUGGAUCAACAAAAGUUUGGUGGACCAGAAGAGUGAUAUCGCCCUUCCCGUGACCGAGAGCCCGCAACCAUUUUACGCAGGCAUUGUUAGUAUACAUUGAGAGAUCAUUAUCGCUGCUGAGUUUGUCCGAUAGCAGAUUGACUUUUAAAACUUUGCGGUUGCAGAUGAAAUAAGUAGCAGUUGCGUUUUCUCCGCGUUUGCUAUUGCUGCAUAGUUUGCUCUUAUAUUUAGCAAAAGAGAUCUUUGGCAUCUUGUUGGAUUUUGUCGCCACAGGAAACUUCUUGUAUGAAUAACUUUGAUCCGCAACUCGGUCGCGCUCACUUGGGAUAUAGUUCACCCUUAAUACCUCAUCUCUAAUGUAGGUUUCAUCCACUUUGAGUGCACGCAAUCCGUCCAUCAUGAGCCUGAGGUAGCGUUCUUGGGGCUUGCAAAACACCGAAUCAACGCUGCAGGAGUCGCCAUUGUUUCCAGAGAGAGAAAUCCUCGCGUUUUGAUGUUGAGAUCCUUGAUCGCUCAUCGCGAAGGUCAGACAUCGAACAGUCGCGGGAUCUUCUUUUUGGGACCUUGACUUCGCCCCGAUGGUGAAGGGACAGGAGUAUUCUUCUUCCGAGGAGCAUGAUCCCUCAUCGUCUUCGUCACCAACAAGUCCUGAGUCAGCAGUCGAGAAAGCACAAGACUUGCACAAAUGGCGGUUCCGUAUCAGAUCGGAACCAUUUCUGCGCUCCCCGUUGUAGCUUUCAUCCUUGUGGUCUUCUUCCUCUAUUAGAUGUUCAUCGCUUCCUCUAUUCACCUCAGUCGGAAAGGUCCUUGAGUUCUUGUUCUUGGGGUCCAGGUUCGUCUCGUCGAUGAUCGAGACGCUGACCUCCUUAAUAUCAUACCCUGCAUCAAAAUUUCGAAAGUUCUCCCACUCAUUAACGCUGUCAAACCGGAGCAGGACUCCCUUGACAUCCCAACCCAUCAUGGGAACGACAUUUGCGGUGCCGCCCUCUACAAACCUCAGCCGGUGGUCGUACAAAAUCGCAGGGCGGACGUUAUGGGGUGAGAUCUUGCAUCCCCGUCGGCACCGGACUAAAGGGUUCACAAUGGGACCGUAUCCAAAAUAGUAGAUCGCGCUCUCAUCUUGGCUGUUGCUGGGCAUGAUGAAGUCUUCCGAAGUCAGCACAUCAAUGGAUUCGCACACCGUGGACUCCGUAUGAGAUGAUGAACGAAAGCUCUCUUUGCUGUUGUAACUAUGUUGACUUUGAUGAAUGCGAUUAUAGUGUGGCUGCUGUUGCUGCUGCUGACCUUCUUCGAUUGAUAAUAUAGUCAUCGGAGGUUGUGGAAAGGCGGUGCUGUGUUUCUCUGUAUCUGUUAUAUUCAAAGGUAACAUAAUUGUAGCCUGCAUGUGACAAUUUUGCAAUAUGAAGCUGUGUUUUUCCCUUUUGAAUAGAUUUGGUAUCGAAUAAUCUGUUUAUUAAUGA